AUGAGUCACUUCCGCUCCGACGAUCUUCGAGGAAACAUCAGCAACAAGGCUGCCCUGGUAACACCGGAAAAAAGGCGCACCAAAGGAAAGGCAACACUGCUGGACGACCCGCCAAGAAAAGGACUCACUUACAUCAGACUGCAGGCGAUCGCCGUGGACAACUGGACGGGAAUGUCAGGAAAAGGUACCCCAGUAGCCAGGAGCAAAAAGGACUACUACCAACUGACCGAUUCAGGAUUUAUUGACGAACUCGCACCUGGAGUCAUUCUACUCAACAAAUUCUCCGGCAACGUACAAAUAAAUGGGACAUCCACAAGUCUCAACGGAACCUUUGUUAUUAACUUCAGCAAUUCCACAAUUAAUAUUGAUGGACAGACCUUCACCAACAAAGACACGGUACACCAUCACCCGAUGCCAGCAAUUCUCCAAACUGAGAUGACCAUUAAAAAGAUAGAAGAAAAGCUAUCAUUAGAAUUGGUAAAAGAACUGAACAUCAACAAUACCAAGACCUUGGAACUAUGGGUUUCCUUCCGCCCAGAAUUCCGAGUGGAACAUCACGGAUUCUGUGAUGCCUCUCAAAAGGCGUACGGUGCUGCGAUCUAUGUGCGCGUCGAGAUGGGGCACACGACGCUAGUGCAUCUUCUCACGGCCAAGACGAGCGUUGCGCCAGUAAAAACUGUGUCGCUUCCCAGACUAGAGCUGUGUGGAGCUCUAUUGCUAUCCGAGAUGGCCGAAUCCAUCCUCCCCCAUAUGCCGAUGCUGUCCUCGAAACUCCAUUGUUGGACCGAUUCCACGAUUGUGCUUGCAUGGCUAGCCAAACCAGCAUGCAGUCGGGGCGUGCCAUUACAUGAACUGGUCGACAAGUCCCUUUGGUGGCAUGGGCCCACUUGGUUGCAAAAGCCACGAGAUCAGUGGCCUGCCCAGAGCACCGACUUACAGGUGACCGAAGUGGAAAGGCGUCCUGUCAAGGCCCACGUUGCGUCCAUUCCGACAGAAGACAUCCUUGAUCGCUUUUCCAAGUUAAAUAGAGCUUUACGGGUCUUUGCGUAUGUCCACCGUUUUGUCCAGCGAUGUAGGAAGCAGUCGCCGAUUCCGGAAGUCCAUCUAGAAGCCCAAGAACUUGUCGCCGCUGAACGGCUCAUGGUCAUUAGCACUCAGCGCAGAUAUUUUGCUAAUGAAUAUCGCUGCUUGAGUCAAAAGCGUCCUGUGUCCGCGACAAGUUCCAUCCUCUCCUUGAACCCCUUUCUAGAUGAGAAAGGGCUUAUAAGGGCGUGCGGCCGAAUAACGGCCUCCGAAAAUUUGCGAUAUGAUGAACGACAUGCGUAA